AUUUUAUUAUCCAACGGCGAUUUUUUGCAUCCAACGCCGUUGGACGAGUUCCGAUGGUGUGGUAAGCCAUCGGAUCUAACCGUUAUUCAUUUUUUCGUCCACGACCAGUCACCAAACCGUCGUGGACAUCGCGUGGAUCGGGGACGGUGGAUCGCUGAGGGACACUGGGCUCUGGAUUCGCGAAGUUCGAUUGGUCAUCGAUCCAGUUUGACAGGUCAUUAUACUGUAUUUACCGUUUCAGCGGUUCAAAUACGUGGUGUAUAUCAUACGGUUCCAUCGGUGUUGCGUGUUGAUUUUGUUAGGGUGAGUCGUCAUCGAGUACUCGAAACACAAACGCCAACUCCGGAACACUACUGGGAGGUUGGUAUGGCCGAUCGGGCGGAACAACAACGUCGUGGACAAAUUAUGGAGAGUGACUCACCGUUCGCGCUGAACACACGCCAUCCGCAUUACAAACACGUUGUGAAUACAAGGUGA